ACACAUUAUCUGAGUUUUGGAGUAAGACAUUUCUUCAUAUUUAUGGUUAGCAAAUGUACCAGAAUGUUUGUACUGUACCUGGGUGAAAAGUAAAGUGUUCUCCAUUCAAUAUAUGGUAGAUACAUAAAUAGAAAGCGACUAAGUUGGGAUCACAAAAAUUACAUAUUUGCCCAAAAGUGACUAAGAUGGGGUCUAUAAUUGGCCACAGAAUAGACUGUAAUGGGGUAGGGGCUUUGAGAGGCCAGCAGCACGUAACCAGCAAAAAUUAACCCAAGUACCCCCCCCGCCCCCUGCGAAUUCCCCACUCCCAAGCUCCUGAUCAACCUCACGUACGUUUUCAUCAAAUACUGUAUGGGUGUACGCUGACGUCACAACCAUAUUUUUCAGAGGGCUAGUUUACAAAAUUUUCUUAGCUAUGGGGCUCCGCUUAAGCACAUGCCAGGAGCUCUGCUAUAAAUGUAGUUAAGACAUGAACAAUAACGCUGAAAAUGAAAAAGGAAGAAAAACGCUCUAAAGCAUCUACCUGAUAGAGCACUUCAUAAGAACACUCUUCACUGAAUUUCUGUUUUUUAAUUUAUUAAAAAGCCUUGUAUCCGUUUUCAUAUACAGUCUAUUUAAGUUGCCUUAUUAUUAAAGCUAGGUUGAAGAAAUAUUCCUUUAUUCUUUUGCAAAAAAAUCUAUUCGAGAAUGCAUCACAUGCACAUUCCUUUGAAAUUUUUAAAACAUACCUUUAAAUACAGACUUAAAUAUUGAUAUGUUAUUCCUCUUCAACCUCUGUCCAACAAAUUCCUGCGUUUUCCCUUGACUGAGAUCUGUAGCCAUUGUGUACACCGUGCGAGAAAUAACACAUACUUCACAAAAUUUUGGAUUUUCCCCACUCCCUAGCCCCAGGACAAAACUGCUUCAAACAAUUCGCCACCCCUGGGCCCGAAGGGCUGGACUUGUCCCGGAGGUUGCCUGGGGGGUUAGUAACAGGUCAAAUUGAACUAUGCAUAAUUAUGAUGUGUUUUCAUUAAAGGCCCACUGGUUUUAUGUUAUGCUUUAGUCAUGUAAAUGCUAUAGUUUCAGUCAUUUUUUCACAAGUUUCUUUAUAAGUUUAUGCAGAAUUUGUGACCUCUCAAGCAAAAACAUUCCUUAUGGUUUGCCCGGCUCUUCGAAUGGAUAGCUGUACAUUUGCUGUUUAUUAGCCGUUUGAACAGACUGGGUAUCUGUGCAAAUAAAUUUGUCAUCCGUUUGAACGGCUUGGGCUAUCCUUUAUGAAAAAAAUGUUCAUCUGUUCAAACAGCUUGGGAUGUCCGUUUGGAAAAUCUGUUCAAAAAAAUUUGUCAUCUGUUCAAAUGGCUUGGGCUAUCUGUUCGAAGAAGUUAUCAUCCCUUCGAACAGCUGGGGCUAUCUGUUCAAAGAAACUUGUUAUCAAUUCGAAUGGCUUGGGCUAUCCAUUCAAAAAAGAAAUUGGUCACCAUUCGAGCAACUGAAGCUAUCUGUUCAAAGAUAAAUUUCAGCCAAGUUUUCAUCUCAAGGCAAUUUCGUCACCAGCCACUCAUGUCAUGUUACAAAGUUUGUUUACAAAUGCAUCAUGAAUAGUCACGGACCUCUAGUCCUUUGUAGCCAUCUUCACUUUCAUGCGUGGAUUAUCAUUUGAUUAUCGACAGUAUCAGCAAUCGGCACACAUUUUAUUCAAUAUUUAAGUUUUUUUUCAACAAGUUUCCCAGAAAUAAUGUUUUGACCUUUCACAGAUGUAUGCAAAUUUCAAAUGAUUUGAGAUCAAAAGAUAUGAUACCUCCCAGGAGGCUUUUCCUUGCUAGAAAAAAAAAAUUCUGUGCCUCUUUACUACCAUCGUUUUGAUUUACCGUUUUCCUUUUACCUGCGAAAGUACGUAAUUUAGUUUUAAUCAUUUGAUUAUUGCUUGUAGGAAUUGACAGUGUGACUGAUAAAUUGAAAACCACAUUUUCUUGAAUGAAAAAUACGCUCUUUUGUCCUUUUGAGUCCCCAGAAGGCUGAAAGCCUCAUUUCCGUCUGGGCAGAACGCGCCCAGACGCCUGCUCCCCUUCUAGAAAAUGGGGACUAAUGGCCCCUUGUUACUCUAUUCAAACCUGCUGGUUACUGAAAUUGAAGCCCCUUACAAACAAUAUUCACAAAUUAAGAAGUUAGUCUAAAGGUGGGGAAAAUCAGAUUCAUGAGCACAAGGCCAAAUUCAACACAAUAUUAAUUUCAGAUCAGGGUGCAGUUUGUAAUCUGGUUUACAUGUACCUCGGUGUAAAAACCUGUAAGUUUUUCCUUGUUUUCUAGCCAUGAGUUUCCUUGGCUCUAUUAUGUUGACUCCUCAGUGGCUUCUUUGUAUUCGUUUUUUUACAUCACUCAUGACUUUCACAGAUUUCUACACCAAGGAUGAGCCAAUUUUUCUAUUGCACUGAUGACAAAAUUUAUAAAAUGUUUGUGAAACAUUUAUACAUACAUACAUGUAAAUUCUUUUUAAAGAACGUAUAACUUUAUUGACCUUAGAGUAAGAAAUGUAUCUGAAAAGUCUUCAAAAACUUUACUGUCUUGAUUGAAUUUCAAAACAAAUCAAAUAUGUGAAGUUUGAGUUCCUUCUAUUUUCUAACUAACUGAACUGUGUGUCACAGGUGCUACACGUGUAAAGGAAACCACUGGUCCAGUUUCUUUUAUUUUUUGUGUCAUUUUUUUUAUUAAAAAUUUAUUAAACUGAAGAGUAAAGUGCACAGUUACUUUAAGUAAAAAUAAUAUUACAGCUAAGGUACAUGUAAAAGAAGAUAAAAAAGGUGUACAUUUAUAAUAUUGUGUUAGUGUUAUUACUGAGUAUACAGGGCUGGAGAUUUCCCCUGUCUAAUGGAGUAUGAGUGACCCACAAAAGAAAAAUUGAACUCAAAAAACCUUUUACUUGUUCAAUUCCCUUUGUCCCCCUGGCAGCUGUUUUUGUCUUGUCACACAAUGCUGUUCUCCAGGAAACGCUUGCUCAAACCACAUUUCUUUUCCAGUUUCAAUUACUGACAGUUACAGUUCCACUGUCGGGAACUGUUUCGUGGGAAAUUACCCUUUCACAUGCUAUCAAAUCAUAACCUACAUGUACAUUCUACCACAUCAUGUGCACAGUUGAUUUGUCUUCUAUGAAGCCAUUUUUUGUUUUGUCACAUACAUUAGCUUUUGUUCUCAAUGAAACUCUUUUGAAAUUGCAGCAAUUUGAUGACCAUCCUUGCUGCACUUAGCAUGUUAUAUUUGCUUUGUUACUUUCAAUUCCAGUAACUGUUUUAUUUGUCUGUGGGGUUUAAAAUAAAAUGUAUGGUCUGCCUCUAAAAUGGACAGGACCCAAUGAACAAUGACGAUAAUCUGACAACAAUCAGCUGUUUCCUGUAAAAAAAUAUUUUGGCAAUGGGAAAUUUGUUGAUCCAGCUUUUCUACCAAGCUCUGCUGUUUAGUUUAAAGUCACUCCUUUUUAGUGUCAAGUGUGCUAUUCACUUUGUGCAGUGGAAAACUUCAGUCUUUGAGCCCUGGCCUGAUGUGGCUGGCACCUACAUACAAGGCAGCGGAAAUCACAGGUGCUCAUUCUUUGCUCAAAAACUGAUGUCAUUCUCAAUUUGCUGAUAAAUGAUUGGUUGUUUCAGUAGGUGGUUAAAACAAUAAUUAGAAAAUAUGAGCAGCUGUUUCUUUAAGAGGAUUUUUUGGGACGAAACAUUGAUAGUCUAAGGCUAGUGGAUCAAUUCUAUUCUUAACUUGUCCAACAGGCAGGUGGAUUUUUGGGGGAAUUCAAAUUCUUGAAGUUUUGCAAGAUAAAUUGUUGUUUAAAUUUCUAAUAGACUUAAGUGGAUCAAAAGAUGUUUUUCAAGCAGAUCUGACAAAGUGAAAUUGUCCCAAUGAUUGUAACAGUACAAAUAUUGUUAAUACAAUUCAUUGAUUGAUUUAUUAUAUGUUUUGUCACUUCACAGGUUACAUAUAUUACCUGAACUGGGAGCGUGGGGCUUAUAUGGGUUCUAAGCUUCCCCUAGAUUAGUUUAAAUAGACAUAACAUUAGGGAAAAGAUGACGCAAUUUUAAAACAUAAAAAUACGGGUUAAACUAGGAGAAAAAAAGAAGAAUACAACUUGAUUACACAAAAAAAUUCUUACUAAAAAGGUUGACAUAUUUUAACUAGAAUAUUUCAAUAGAAGUCCACAUUUAAAUUUAAAGGUUUAGGAAAGUUGAAUGAUAAUAUCUUUAUCUUAUUUUAAAAAGGUCCGAAGGAAGUUGCAGCCCAUGUCUUUAAAAUUUAAGCAGUAUGGAAAGUGUUUUACCCAUUCAGGAAACUUAAGAUGUCAUGAAAGAGUUCACACUGGGGAAGAGCCUUAUGAAUGUCAACAGUGUGGCAAGUGUUUUACCAUAUCAGGAAACCUAAGGAACCAUGAAAGAGUCCACACUGGAGAAAAGCCUUACGAAUGUCAACAGUGUGAAAACUGUUUUAGGCAAUUGGGACACCUAAGCAGCCAUGAAAGAGUUCACACUGGGGAAAAGCCUUAUGAAUGUAAACAGUGUGGAAAGUGUUUUAGCACAUCAGGAAACCUAAGGAGCCAUGGAAGAGUCCACACUGGAGAAAAGCCUUAUGAAUGUAAACAGUGCGGCAAGUGUUUUAGUAGAGCAGGAACACUAAGGGUUCAUGAAAGAGUUCACACUGGGGAAAAGCCUUAUGAAUGUCAACGGUGUGGAAAGUGUUUUAGUGAAGCAAGAAACCUAAGGAGGCAUGAAAGAGUUCACACUGGGGAAAAGCCUUAUGAAUGUAAACAGUGUGGCAAGUGUUUUAGUGUAGCAGCACACCUAAAGAGACAUGAAAGAGUUCACACUGGGGAAAAGCCUUAUGAAUGUAAACAGUGUGGAAAGUGUUUUAGUAGAGCAGGAACACUAAGGGUUCAUGAAAGAGUUCACACUGGGGAAAAGCCUUAUGAAUGUCAACAGUGUGGAAAGUGUUUUAGUGGUGCAACAAACUUAAGGAUUCAUAAAAGAGUUCACACUAGGGAAAAGCCCUAUGAAUGUAAACAGUGUGGAAAGUGUUUUAGUGGUGCAACAAACUUAAGGAUUCAUAAAAGAGUUCACACUAGGGAAAAGCCCUAUGAAUGUAAACAGUGUGGCAAGUGUUUUAGUGUAGCAGCACACCUAAAGAGACAUGAAAGAGUUCACACUGGGGAAAAGCCUUAUGAAUGUAAACAGUGUGGCAAGUGUUUUAGCAUAUCAGGAAACCUAAGGAGCCAUGAAAGAAAUCACACUGGAGAAAAGCCUUAUGAAUGUCUACAGUGUGGCAAGUGUUUUAGUGAAGCAAGAAACUUAAGGAUUCAUGAAAGAGUUCACACUGGGGAAAAGCCUUAUGGUUGUAAACAGUGUGGCAAGUGUUUUAGUGUAGCAGGACACCUAAGGAGACACGAACGAGUUCACACUGGGAAAAGUCGUUAUAAAUGCAACAAGUGUGGCAACUGUUUUAGCCAAUCCAAAAGUCUAAAGGAACAUUAUGGGAUGCACAUUGGAGAAAAGCAUUGUGGAUAUCAAAAGUCUGGCGAGUAUUUUAGUCAAUCAGAUAUUUUUAAGAGUCAUGGGAAGGUCCACGGUAGAAAACACUCGCAUAAACGUGAUAGUAUCGAAACUUCUUGUAAAGGUCUGCCUCGCAAGGGUAAGAGAGCAGGAAGUAAUGUGAGGAUAAGUUUCACAAACAUCUCACUCACACAAAGAGAGACUGCAGACAAUAGGGUACAAGACCAGCGAUCAGCCAUCAUUGAGGAACACAGCUGUUGGAUUUGUCAAGAGGAGAUGGGAAGUGAAGCUCUCCUUCUUCAACAUUAUGAAAAUCAUAUGAUAAAUAUACCGGAAGAUGGUUCGUAA